AUGUUCAGAGAUAGGACGAAUUUAUUUAUAUCUUAUCGUCGUACUUUCCCCCGUUUUGGGGAUUCAUUGAUGUCAACAGAACCAUAUCCCAAAAAUAACAAUAAUAAUGAUACUUUUUUAGAUGACGAGAUAGAAAUGGAAAGCUAUCCAAUGAUGAAUGAAGACAUUGAUGGUGGCCAAGAAAAGGACGGUAAAUUGAAAACUGACAGACUUAAUACAUUACCUCCCUUAUUUGUAGAUAUAGCGAGAGAUAUAGAUGAAUAUCUUCAUGAAAUAGAAACUUUAUUAGAACAUCUUAUGAAACUUUAUCGAAAGAAUUCAUUACCAGGGUUUGAAGAUAAGACUCCCGAUGAACAAGAAAUUGAGAAAAUUAGUCUUAAUAUUUUGCAAUUAUUCCAAAGAAGUUAUAAUGUGAUAAAAAAAUUGGAAGUGAUACAUAUGGAGCAAUUCUUAGAAGGUAGACAGUUGAAUAGGGGUGAAUUAAUAAUUUUGGAUAAUAUGACAAAGGAUUAUGCUCAAAAGAUUCAAUGGGAAAGUAAUAAAUUUAGGGUUCUACAAAAUAAUUAUUUAAAGUUUCUUAAUAAGGAUGAUUUAAAACCAAUCAUACCUAAAAAUGCAUUUGAUUCAUCACAAUUAUUACUCCAAGAGGAAGAAGAAAAGGGGAAAAAUGGAUUAAGUAAUGAAAUCGAUGAAUAUUCAAUGAAAACUCUUCAGAAUCAACAACAGAAGGCUAAAAAUUCAAAUCAAAAAUUCUUGGAACAAAGAGAUCAAGAGAUAACGGAAUUGACAAAAGGUAUAUAUGAAGUCGGUACCAUUUUCCGAGAGAUGCAGAAUUUAAUUAUAGAUCAAGGAACAAUUAUAGAUAGAAUUGAUUAUAAUCUUGAAAAUACUGUCGUUGAAUUGAAACAAGCUAAUAAAGAAUUAGAAGGUGCAACACGUUAUCAGAAACGUACUCAAAAAUGUAAAAUUAUACUUUUACUUACAUUAUGUGUGAUUGCAUUAUUUUUCUUUGUUAUGUUGAAACCACAUAAUAGUACAAAGACUGUUAAAUAUGAACCAAAUACAAAUACAAAUACCGGAUCAUUGGAUGAACAAAACAAUGAACCUGAGCAUCAACCUGCCAGCAAUAAUGGUGCUGCUUUACUCGAAGACGAAAUGAAAAUACGUAUUAUAUAA